AAUUUUGUAGAUUUACGAAUACAAUCACGCGCCAUUAGUGGAGGGAGUUUCAGAACGUCCAGUAAAAUUAGUUGAAGGUUCUUGGGAAGACGCGCUGAAAAGAAAAGUACCGUAUGUGUCAACAAUUUUAUAAUACAACAGCUGAAUGUGAUAAUUCUUAUAAAAUAUGAAAAUAAUAGUUUAACAUUUAUCUAUAACCCACCAUCAUAAUAGUUCUCGUGCGGAAAUAAAUAGAACAUACUACGUAUUCAACAGCUUACGCGUAACCGCCAAAAUUAUAGACAGAAACGCCAUCUUGUGCAAAGAUGUUGACAUUUUACUAAAUUAAGAAAAAUUACAUGAUUCCUAUUUAUUCGAGUCCAACGACUCGAUUUGAAGAUUUAUAAAUGAUAAAAAUGCUAACUUCAUAUAUUAAUUGACACAUCAACCAGUUUUAUUAUUAUAAGAAGUGCAUAUAACAGAAAUUAAAAAUGUUUUACGCACAUUUCGUAUUGGCCAAGAAGGGCCCAUUAGCACGUAUAUGGUUAGCUGCUCAUUGGGAUAAAAAAUUAACAAAAGCGCACGUAUUUGAAACAAAUAUUGAAAAAUCAGUAGAUGGUAUAUUACAGCCGAAGGUAAAAAUGGCUUUAAGAACAUCUGGACAUUUAUUAUUGGGGGUAGUACGAAUAUAUUCAAGAAAGGCUAAGUAUCUUUUAGCAGACUGUAAUGAAGCUUUCGUUAAAAUAAAAAUGGCCUUUAGGCCUGGUAUGGUAGAUUUACCCGAAGAGCACAGAGAAGCUGCUGUAACAGCAAUAACAUUACCUGAAGUAUUUCAUGAUUUUGAUACAGCAAUGCCAGAAUUAAAAGAUGUUGACAUUGAAGCACAAUUUAGUUUAAAUCAGUCACGAGCAGAAGAAAUCACAAUGAGAGAAGAUUAUGGUAGUUUAGCUUUAGUUACACAUGAUCAAGGAUUUGGUGAUAUGAGUUUUGAUGCAGAGCCUCCAGAUUUAUUGAGACAUGCUGGUACCGUAGAACCAUCAUUAGACCAAACUCAUAUGUUGUUUACCGAUGGACCGGGAAUUGAAGCUGCUUUAGAACAAAAAGAAAAAGAACCAGUGCCAGGUCCAUCAGUAACAGCACAAGCUAUGGAUAUAGAUAUGCCAAUUAGAGAUGAUGGUUUUGGUGGUCAUCUUGGACAAGAUAUAAUAUCUGGUGGUUUGUUCGAGGGUGGUUUAUUUGAUGAAGCACCAAUGGGUGAAGUACCUGUACCUGAAGUUAGUGCGGUUACAGAAGCACAAGAACCAGGUGUAGUUCCUGGAGGUCCACCAUCGGUCCAUGAUGAAUCUGAAGAAGAAAUGGGAGAACGUUUUGGAGGUCCACCAUCUCCCAUGGGUGGAAUGAGUACUGAUGAAUCUAGACCCGUUUCUCCAGCUGCACCUGGUGAAGAACUUGAGGGUAGAAUAAGUGUUGCAAGUCGUCGUUUCACUCCUGCUCCACCAACUAUUCCUGAAGAACGUCCAAUGGAAGCUAUUGAAGAAGCUCCGCCUCUACAGGAUCAAACUACAUUGUUACAUGAUGAAGAAGAAAGCUUUGCUCUUGCACCAGUUGAUGCAUCUGCUUUGAAAGGAUUUACAAAAGCAAAACGCAAGCGUAAGCUCAUUGUGGAUGAAGUAAAAAAUAUUUCUGGUGAAGAAAUGAAAGCACAAUUAUCAGAUACUAGUGAUAUUAUUACAACAUUGGAUUUGGCACCACCCACUAAAAGAUUAAUGCAUUGGAAAGAAACUGGUGGAGUUGAAAAAUUGUUUGCUUUACCAGGGAGACCAAUACCAGCACGUGUAUUAUUUAAGAAUUAUCAACGACAUUUAACUAGUAAGUCUUAUGAUCAUGAGGACUUCGGGCGUUUAGUAGGAGAAGAAGAAGGUAUGUCUUUAGAACAAAUGAGAGAACCUGCAGAACCUGAUGCAUAUGAACAAAGUAUCCUUAGUAAACGCAUGGCUCGUAAACGGAAAGCACCAGCAGAUGAAGAGACAAGGCCACCACCUCCAGCACCAGCACCUCCUUCAAUAGAAGUUGCUCCUGAAGCAGUGGACGUUCCUAACACAAUUCCACAACCAAGUCUUCCCUCUGCAGAAUCACCAAUACCUCCACCUGAAGUAUCUUUACCAACAGAAUCGGUAUCCGAAAUUAGUAGCAUAGUGCCUUCUGUUGAAGAAGCAGAAAUGGUUCCUGUACCUCCUGAAGCACCUUUACUGCCUUCAGAAAUCCCUGAAAUUCCUCCUACUGAAGCUAUUAUUACAUCUGAAGAACCAGUUGUUCCAUCUGCUCCAGUAGAACCAGAAAUUACGCCUACACCACCCGUUGAAAUGCCUCAGAUGGAAAAUAUGGGCUAUGAUCAGACACAACCUCAAGUACCCUAUAUUGGGUAUGAUGAACAUCCUCCACCACCUCACACACCUGCUGUAUCAGAAAGAGGACCAGCAACACCAUGGAAUCAUGAAGAUUAUGAAUUCCCUCCAUCUGUAGGACCUCAAGAAGAACAACAAUUAGACGAAACUUAUGAACAAUUUGAAGAACGAGUUCUUAACAAAAGAGCAUCACAUAUGUAUCAUGUCAUUAAAAGUAAACUAGAUACCAAAGAUAGACUGACACUGUCGGAAAUGGCAUAUAAAAAUAAUCGCAAGCAGGUUGCGCAAAAAUUUUACACAUUGUUAGUUCUGAAAAAAUUUCAAGUAUUAGAACUUAAUCAAGAGUACCCAUAUGCUGAAAUUGUAGUCAGUAAAGGACCAAAAUUCGAGACCCCUGCAUUAUAA